CGGGCAAAAAUCGGAUUUUCGUUUUAUUUUCGGUCUGCAUUCCGCGCGGUACAGACUCAUCGUCUUCGAGUAUGGGUGACGGCGUGCAGUACUUCGAGGGGGUUGAAAAACUUCUAGAAAUUUGGUUCGGAACGGCGACUUCCGCGGACGGGGGCGCCGAUCUCCGGAAAAUCCCCAGAAAUAAAUUGGAAAAUUUAUUGAAGAUUGUUCGAUGUGAGAUUAUUAGCUUUUGCAGAAAUGAUAGGGUCGACGCUUAUGUUCUCAGCGAAAGUUCCAUGUUCGUGUCAAAACGUCGCUUCAUCUUAAAAACAUGCGGGACUACUACACCUCUUCUAUGUCUUGAACCUCUUUUGGUUCUUGCAGAACAAUACGCUGGUUUUACCGAUGUAGAAGACCUGUUUUAUUCGCGCAAGAAUUACAAGAGACCUGAACUACAAGUUUCGCCGCAUCAGCAUUUUGAUGAAGAGGUUGCUCUUUUGGACACGCUAUUCCCAGAUGGUGCUGCGUAUUGUUUGGGUGCCAUAAAUAAGGAUUGCUGGUACCUGUACACUUUAAAUCCGUUCCCGGAAAAAGCGGUCAAACCGAUUUCCGGUUCCGAACCUGAUCAAACUUUAGAGAUUUUAAUGACAGAUUUAGAUCCUGACAUUAUGGCUAUUUUUUCUAAGGAGGAAUGUUUAAAUGCAGAAGAAGCCACAAAGAAAUCUGGUAUUGAUAAAUUAAUUCCAAAUAUGGUUAUAGACGAUUUUCUUUUUGAACCAUGUGGAUACUCAAUGAAUGGAAUCUCGAAAAAUACAACCGUGGAAAUAUCUUCAGGAUAUUACAUGACCAUUCAUAUCACUCCCGAGUCCGACUUCUCAUAUGUAAGCUUUGAGACGAACGUGCCUGCUUCUUCCUAUUGGGAAAUCAUUGUUAAGGUGUUGGAUACUUUCUUACCUGGGAAAUUUGUUGUUACUAUUUUUAGUAAUCAGACGUCGCAAGCGAAAGGUUCAUCAAAAGAACUUCAAUAUCUCGGCAAAAUCCGCGAUUGGACUCGGCGUGAUAUCCAACUUUGCCAGUUUAAAAAUUACGAUCUUACUUACGCGUUUUAUUCUAAAUUCCCAAGCUGAGGGUGUCAGGCCGUGCUGCGAGCCCUCGCAGCAACCCUUUUUUCCCCCCGUUCCAAAACCUCUUUUCCCCCAAAUUUCCCAUCUCGUUUCUUUCGCAACAAAAUGAAAUCACAUGAUCCGCCGCCGAUGGUUCUCCAAUUGUACGUUUCGUUUAUUCGCUCUUCGUUGGUGUUCUCGUUCACCGAUUUCGCAUCGCCCCUGAUUUUGUUUUCAUGGUGGCGCAAUAAGAUUUCGUGAGGGUCGCUAAGAAACUUUUAAGGCAGCGGCCGACGCAGGCCUCCCUUCAACCUAUGAGGGUUAGGGUUGGCCCCCGGGCUGCCUUAAAAGUUUUGCGACCCUGGAUUUAUAUGUGUUUAUAGAAAUCGGCGCGCAGCUGUAGGUACCCUCUGGCUGUUCCCCGUUUCGUUAUCUUUUUGCUGUGAAGAGUGGGCCUUUAUUACCCUCUUCUUUUUUUUCGUACAAAAUCACCAGUCCACGACUGUGCCCAAAAAUAAUAAAAAAUUAAAUAAAAUCUCGCGCUCAGUCGUAGACGUUGAGAAUAUCGUUAGUUUUGUAUCGAUUGAGGUAGUCGAUUGUAUCUCUCUAUCUAGAAACUACCUGAUUAAAAUAAAAUUAAACUUAAAAGAAUUAGAUUUAUUUUGUAUGUUAAGAAAUGGAGUUAUAUCUAGUUUUUACUAAAAACACACAUCAUAAUCAAAAUUUAGGGUUUAGAUUAAUAGUUUGUAAGUUUGUUAGUUAAUGGGAUGUUUUAUGUAAAAAUAUAUAUUGAAAAUAAAAAUAUUAUAUUGUA